CGACUCCAGACAAUGUGCAAGUACAGACUUGGGCUGACAUUCACGCACACGCAACGCACGCAAGUUACUCCACACAGGGGAGGGGCCGAGCCGAGAUAAUUAAUUCAGGCCACGCCCCAUUCCCGAGGCACCGCCCACGGGGGGAAAAAAUCGUUUCCAGAUGAGAGGUUUCACGUGGCACGCACACGGGGACCUUACGGGAGCGCCGGGAAGGGAGGUGCAAGGCCCAGCCCACCCCCCACCCCCUAACAGGGGUCGAGGUAGAGAGCGAGAGAGGACCCCGAGGGAAGGAGGAAGUACCGGGGAGGAGACGAGUCGGAGGCCGAGAGGGGAUAGGGGAGGCCGGCCAAGCAGAGGCCGCAGGAGGAGAGAGGGACACGGCAGAGAGAGUCGGGGAAAGGGGUCCUGGUAGCGGUCGUCUCGGGGUGAACGGGGGUGGUGGUGGGGGUCGGGGCUCCUCGGACUCCGCCAUGUCCCUGGAGGUGACGGCGCUGGGCACGGGGGCCGCCUUUCCAUCCCCGCGGCGCGGGACCUCGGCCGUGGCCCUGAGGCUCCCCGACGGCUCCCUGUGGCUCUUCGACUGCGGGGAGGGGACCCAGACACAACUCAUGCGGUCCCCGCUCAAACCCGGCCGGGUGACCAAGAUCUUCAUCACCCACCUGCAUGGCGACCACGUGUUCGGCCUGCCGGGCCUCAUGUGCUCGCUCAGCAUGCUGGCCUUCGGGACGGCUGACGCGGCGGCCCCCCAGGACGAGGAGGCCCCCGCCGAGGGGCCCCGCGUGGCCGCGGGGCCCCCGCAGCUGGAGGUGUUUGGCCCCGUGGGGCUGAGGCGCCUGCUGCGCGUGGCACUGCAGCUGUCGCGCUCGCAGCUGGGGUUCCGCUUCGCCGUUCACGAGCUGCGGCCCGCCGCGCGGCAGUGGAGCGCGGCCGACGGCGGCGACUGGAGGCCGCCGGAGGAGGCAGAGGGGCCCCCGCACCCCCAGGAGGAGCCCGGCCGUGAGAUCACGGAGGGGCCCCAGGAGGAGGGGUUCCUCGUGCUGGAGGGGGGCCCCGGCGCCCCCUCCGUGCGAGCCUUCCCGCUGCGGCACUGCGUGCCGAGCUUCGGCUACGCCGUCAGGGAGCCCCCCAGGGCCGGGCGACUCCACGUGGAGGCGCUGCGCGGGCUCGGUGUGCCGCCAGGGCCCCUGUACGGCCGCCUGAAGGCGGGCGAGGCUGUGACGCUGCCGAGCGGGAGGGUGCUGCUACCGGGAGAGGUGGCGGACCCCCCCGUGCCCGGCCGCUUGGUCGCCGUGUUCGGCGACUGCUCGGAGCCGCUGGGACCCGCCGCUCUGAGGCUGUGCCAGGGCGCCGACCUGCUGGUGCAUGAGGCGACGCUGGAGGACGGGCUGCAGGAGAAGGCCCGCCUGCGCGGCCACUCCACCCCGUCGGGCGCCGCCGCCACGGCGCUGGCGUGCGGCGCCCACCGCCUGCUGCUCACGCACCUCAGCCAGCGCUACCGGCCUGGCGGGCCGGAGGCGGCGCGGCUGCGCGAGCAGGCCGAGGCGCGGAUAACGCUCGCCGGAGACGGAGCCCGGUGCCAGGUCACGCUGGCGGAGGAUCUCAUGGUGGUGGACGUCCCUCUGAGGCAGCAGCAGCAGCAGCAGCGGUAACGGCCGCAGCAGCAUGUCGCAAUUGCAACAGCAGCUGCAGUAAUGUCCGUAUCAACAAUGGCAACAGCAGCAGAAACAAUGAGCAGCUGCAGCCACAGCAGCAAUGCUAUCUGCAGCAACACAACUACCAGCGGCAGCGGCAGCAACACUACGACCAGCGCCAUCACUCAGAGCGCGUAGUCGACUACCAAGCUGCGAUCGGGACCACGAGAGAAGUGGCCCAGCAGCAUUCGCCAACUCCAGAGUUGUGGGGUCUGGGGGACUUUGGACGAGGAAAAAGGUGUGGUGGCAUCAGAGGCACUGGUCACGGAUUCCACCAGUUGAGUCACUUGAAAGUUUUACUCAGGAAGUCCAAUGUUACAUGUUUAAGAUUUAUUUUCAGGACAGUUUUUUUGCCAAUUCCUCGAUAACAGAUCAUGUGUGUGUUGUGUGUGUGUUGUGGGGGUGAAAACAAUGCCCAGAGAAAACCUACACAGGCGGGGAGAUCACUCGACCUAUUUGCUGGACUGCCCCUGAGAGAAAGUCUUUCUAGCCAAGGGAGUGGAUGUUUGAUGCACAUGAUUGUCACCACGCGUCAACCUAUGUGUUCUACUAACCCGACCACCUCGUUGCUGGAUUCGUGGUUUACAUCAGUGGGGUAUCACUGUGGUGACGAGGUGUCCGUCUCCCUCGCCUCUUCUGCAGGAGGUCGUAAGUUCGAUCUCGACCCUGACGAUGGCUGUAGUGGGAGGUUGCUUGUUCACUCCCAAUGAUUGGGCGUGUGGAUAAUUCUCCAGUUCUUCCCAUUUUCCCCCCACAUUUAUAAAACAUACAUUUAGAUUAUUUGGCUGUGAUUAUGAAUUCCCACGUGUGGUUAUGCUAUCAGCCACUUCAAUGAGUUAUUAUAUGUGGCCAGGUCAUCUCUGAAAAAAGCGAAUAGCUCGGUGGGAUUUACCUGGUUAGAUUAAAGUUUCAUGAUUUUACAGAAGGGAAACUUUUAACGUAACAACACUGGAAGCAAACACAUGCACACCCAGGUGCAUGUUAUGAAUGAAUACGAGCCGUAUCAGCUAUCUUUUAUCGUGAUCAGGCUGUGAGAUGCUAAUGGCCCUCGUCACAGCAAACUCCUUCUGUCCUGACUCCCAAGUGGAUAUCACAGCGCAACACCUCCGAUUAUGAGCACGGUUGGCAAUGUAAUGGCACGAAACAAGAUCUACAUACCACAGGCAUCAGCCAUAUGUAUUCAAUCCGACAAACGCGGGUUUAUUUUAAAAUGUUCAGUCGCAGACACGACACGAAGAAGGCAUUUGGUCACAGCCAAAGAGGGUUGGUAGAUGAGUUCUUCCUCCUACUCCUUGAGCCAGCGUUGCGUCUUGGCGAUGGCGCCUUAAGUGAGCAGCGGGGGGUCACAGCGAACAUCCGGCCAGAGCCGCCGGUCACGGGGACCAGCAGCAGCAGCAUCGUCUCUCGCUGGCGCACGCGGUGUAGAAGCUGGAAGCGCCACGCCGGGUGGUACCCGCACCCCCCAGCGUAGCGCAGGGUCCAGGGACCCCGCCCGGCAGCCCGCGGCACGAGGCGCUGUUGCUCAGUGGCACUCGGCUCGAGUCCUGCCACCGUGUGCACUCCGGCUGCAGCGCCGAAAGUCAGAAGCGGUGGAGCAGCCUUGAAGUCGGUGCACAGCAGCAGUCACAGGCUGCAGUCACAGGCUGCAGUCACAGGCUGCCGUCACAGGCUGCCGUCACAGGCUGCAGUCACAGGCUGCAGUCACAGGCUGCCGUCACAGGCUGCAGGUACAGGCUGCAGGCGUCGUCCAAAUAGGGGAUGCACAUGCAGAAGUCCAAGGGGUUGAAUGGCGGCAAGUAGAUGGGCAGCCGCACCUCAUCCUCAAGUCCUUGGGCUCUGGCCAAUGCCUCUUUCUAACAUUUGUUGCACCACUUGGGACGAGUGGUGACUGAGGGAGAUUGGGCAGCUUUGGGGAUGGUGGCUGUGGUGGUGGCAUUGGCGGUGGCGAUGGCUGUGGUGCCGGCACUUAAAUUUCGAAAAUCUCUUCGACCAUUUGGGACGAGUGGUGACUGACGGAGAUCUGGCGACAGCGGGCAUGGUGGCUGUGGGGGUGCCUGUGGGGGUGGCAGUGGCGGUGGCGAUGGCUGUGGGUGUGGUGGUGGUUGCCGACCCGGUGCUGGCACUUAAAUUUAGAAAGUUUCUUCCACCAUUUUGGACGAUUGGCAACUGAGGGAGAUCUGGCGGCAGUGGGCAUGGUGGCCAUGGAGGUGGCAAUGACGAUAGCAGUGGGGGUCGUGGUGGUGGCGAUGGCAGUGGGGGUGACAGUGGGUGGCGGUAGUUGUGGCAGAGGUGGUGGGGGUGAUGCUGGCCGACCGGUGCUGGUGAACAACAAAUUUGUAGCCUUCAUUCCCCUUAGAGACCGGCCCGUCCUGGAGAAUGAUGACCUUUGGAUAAAGGUUCCAGCACUCGGCACCGCGGGUUUCUGCGUCUGAUUUGGAGGCCUUUGAGGUGGUGACGCGGUCGUCGAUCUGGGAGAGGUUGCCCUGGGAGGCCAUGUUGUCCUCCAGCCUCUCCGAUGAGAUCUCCCGUUGUAAUGCUGCGAAAGGGGAAAUGGGUGGCAGACGAUUAAAUAAAUCUACAGCAACGGACACAUUCCCGUUGUUGUCCUGC